AAAACUUACAGUGAUUAUUUCUACACUGAUGACUUUGACUGCCUCAGGCACUUCCUGACCAAACUUAAUCUGACUGCAAGCUGAGCAUCAUGGAUGAAUCCGGUAUCUAUAUUAACAUGGACAACCCAUCAGGUUUUCCAGGCCAACGAAGGAAUUUGCCGAGAUGCUCCAAUGCAGAGGACCACACACCUCAGACUGGACCAGUGCUUUCAGGUAAGACAGCCUGAUUGUAUGUGAACAAACUUAACACAACGGUUAAAGUGUUCACUGUCACUUUUUGGUACAAACCAACAUAUUUUUAACUGCUAUAGUCUACCCCUGUUUUCCACAUUCCACUGGUUUUGAACUUGGACAUGUUUUCAAUAUGUCGACAUUUAUAUAAAUGUGAAAAUGCACUGUUUACUUCGCUGUUCAGUGUCUUUUGUAGUGUAGGGGAAAAUAUAGACGAUAGAUUUGAGCAAAGAAAGUCUGCCCAAUAGAGCAGACUUAGUGGCCUGUUUUUGCAUUGGUGAAAAACAGGAUGCAGGCCACGGCCUGAGAGGUCACGUUGAUCUUGUCAUACAUGGCUCUGUCAAAAUUCGACAGGAAAUUUGGCAGAGGCGGCCAGCGAGCAAAACAUGUUAACAGAAAAAGUCACGUUGUUGGCUAUCAGACACCAAUGUGAAGUACACUUACGGGAAGAUUACAAUUCCAAUGACCACUUACGGGAAGAUAACAACAACUGACGUCAAUGGACUGUAAAUUGUUUGGGAUUUGUUUGGCUUCAGGGUGCCCUUCCACCUGAUUUGUCGUGAGAUGUGGUUGAUGCAGCAAUAAAAUCCCGCGAGAGCGCUGCCAACUUGAUUCUGUCUUUGGGUGGUUCAUUUUUGCACCUUUGCAUCUAUGAAAUCUUACAUAGUAGUCGGUGGGGAAACUAUGUCAUAGGGUUUUACUUAAUAAGCAAUAUGUGACAGUUCUACCUUAGCUUCUAAAUACUGCGAGGAGAAAAUGCAAAGAAGUGAAUACAGCACAUGUGAAUACAAAGCCUGAAAACUUGACUUUUCAUUUACACCAAAAGUUGACAAUCAGGUGGAGAGGAUGUGGGGUUUGGGUUUUAAGUUUUAAACAAAAUUGUCUUUUAUAAUGGAUUCUACCUUUAGGUGCUCCAAGAGGUGUCAAGAAACCCUCUUAUAAAGUUCCUGCCAUGUGUCUGGGACUGCUGUGUGUUCUUCUUCUGACUGCCGUCAUGACUUGCGGUUUUCACUGUGAGUACUUUGGUUGCAUGCUGGUAAAAUCCAAUUGAAUGGUGGUUAACAGAGUCUGUUUUUAAUUUCAUUUAUUUUACAAACAGAUGUCACGCGCAAUUCAAACAUAGUCAACCUGACCAAAGAAAGAGACCAGUUACUGGCCAGAUUGGAGAGCAUGACAAAUGAUCUACGUAGAAAGCUGCAAGGUAAGUUUUCAAUAAGUAAGUCUUGCGUUAUUGAGUUUGGAAUGUGUUUGAUUUUGAUAUCCUGGACGGAGGUUUUGGAAUCAGUGUUUGGGACUACGCAUUGGUUCAGUCACUCUGCUUAUCCCAAAUUUUCUAUUACAGGUCCCAGCCUCUGAGUUGAAUAUGGGGUCAGCAGUAAAUGACUUCCAGCUAAGACAGUCCUUUGUUGUUGUUGUUGUUGUAAUUAAAGCUGAAGGAAAAGGACAGUUUGAAUGAUAUGCUCUUUGUGGCUGAAAAUACAAAGAAACAUUUUGACAUUUUGUGCUGGUGUUGGUAUGAGCUUUGAAAAUUACAGCGUGACUCUUUAAGUUCAUGUACAACUUCAACUCAGAUAUUUUAACUGAGCUCCAUUUUUGAAUAAUUCCACUACUAAGUUGUUUUUCUUCCUUUAUUUUAAAACAGAUCAGAAUGGAUGGGUGUAUUUCAGCGGCAGUUUGUAUUACAUUUCUUCUCUGAUGAAGUCCUGGCAAGAAAGUAGAGCUGACUGUCAGAAAAGAGGUGCAGAUCUGAUGGUUGUCAACAGCAGAGAGGAGCAGGUGUGUAUUUCAUGCGUGUGUUUGCUCUCGUACAUUAAAAAAUAAAAAAUACAGUAUCAUAGAUGUAGAGGAUAUUCAUAACCUGUUGAUGUUGUUCAUGCAGCGAAUGACUUUUCUCUUUCUGCUUGGUAAGGACUUUGUAAUAGGUUUAAAGAAGCACCUGUGGAUUGGAUUGACUGACACAGAGAAAGAGGGAGUGUGGAAGUGGGUGGAUGGGAUUCUGCUGACCACAAGGUUCACACUCAACUUCUCUAUUGUCUUGGUGACGUGUAGCGUCACUUUUUGAUAGUUUUUAAUUACUUUAUCCAGGUGCAUUAAGUUUUGUGAUCUAGCAUUGUGAGGCUCAAAGAUGGGGUAGGCAGGAUCUGAGGAAGUUCCAGUUUUUGAGAGAAAUCUUGAAUGUAAACUCUACCCCUCCCAAACAGUUUUCUCCUCAGCUCCUCCUCUCCCCUCCCGUUUGACAAGAAACACUUCUGUUACAGACACUUGGUUUACUUUGUUAAAGCGGUUUACCUGUCCAGCAGAAAGGUUACAGGUCUGUAAGAUCCCGAAGCAUCCCCCCAACGUUUAUGCUAGCUUCAUUGAUGUUGACCUGGCUUUUUGGCUCUUGUCCAGUCUACCUCCGUUUAAAGCGCCUGUUAGCAGCGUCUGCAUCACAACCAAUCAGGUUGGGGGAGGUCAUGAAUGGCUUUGUUUACAGCCAGAAAGAGCGAGAACCGCUCAAAAAUUUUAAAAUUUUGACUACACAGACGUAACAAAACACAAUGUAUCUUCAUAUUACCAAAUGUCAUCAAUAACUAAUAACUAUUGACUGAUAUUAAAAGCUUUUUUGCAUAUACACUACAUUUAAAGAUGCUUCUUUAACGGACUCCUGCCUACCCCACCUUUAAUCCACAGAAGGGACUCUUUGUGAAUGUUCAGCUGUUUCAAAACUUGAUAAUAUUUUGUGCACAUUUGUGUCCCCUCCCCAAUUUCUAAGACCACGACAUUUCGGGGCUUCAUUAAAAUGAAAAAUCAUAUCCCACUAGAAGAAAUCCUGAUGACAUGAAAUUUCAUGAUAUAGUUUGACUGAUUUUAUGACAAACUCAGUACAUUUUAAUUAUAGACAACCUGAUCAAAACCAGUCCAUCUCUAAAUGGUCAAAAAUUAAAUCUUUUAUUUUUCCAUUUUUUGAUUUCAGCUACUGGUACUCUUCAGAGCCCAACAGUUAUCAAGGCAGCGAGGAAGACUGUGCAGUUGUAGGGAAUUAUGUUCUGGACCAGAGCUGGAAUGACUUAGCAUGCAACCAAACUAGUUUCUGGAUCUGUGAAAAAAACAUUUGAUCUGUAGCCUGACAUCCACCUGACCAGACAAUGGCGUGAAACUCCUCACACUCCUCAGACAAUGUUAACAUCUUCCAGUUUUAAUGUAACUUUUCACUUUCACUGUUCACUUUUUU